AGAGUUUCACUCCAAACGAGAAACUCACCGCCGCAUUUGCCCUACCAACUUUCUUCUUCGUAUCAGUGCCUUUUUCAUCAAUAAUUUUGUCCAAUUCUCUCUUCUGUCCUCCAAUGAACCCCAGAAUGGUCUUCAAGUCCCGCCCCACAAAUGUGUAUAUAUAUAUAUAUAUUACAUAUUAAUUUAAUAAUAAUUGAAAAAUGAAGACCGGGGACUUCAACAUGGGCAUGACCUUACCUCCUCAUGCAAACUCCGGCGACGACUCCGAAUGCGUGGUCCGGGAGCAGGACCGUUUCAUGCCCAUCGCCAACGUCAUCAGGAUCAUGCGCAAGAUCCUGCCGCCGCAUGCCAAGAUCUCCGACGACGCCAAGGAGACCAUUCAGGAGUGCGUGUCGGAGUACAUCAGCUUCAUCACCGGCGAAGCCAACGACCGCUGCCAGCGCGAGCAGCGCAAGACCAUCACUGCCGAGGACAUCCUCUGGGCCAUGAGCAAGCUCGGCUUCGACGACUACGUCGAGCCCCUCACUCUCUACCUCCACCGCUACCGUGAGUUCGACGGCGGUGAUCGCGGCUCGCUCCGGGGGGACCCGCUCGUCAAGCGGGUCGCCGCCACUGCCGCCUCCUCCGACCAUGCUUUCUCGGCCUUUCCGCAGGCCACUGCAUUUCUUCAUCACAUGGCGCCGCCGCCGCCGCCGCACCACCCCGGGUUCUAUGCCCCGCCGCCGCCACCGCAAAUGAAUCUGUUCAAGGAUCCCGCCGCUGCGGGGCCGUCGUGCAUUGAGCCGUUUCCGCCGCGUAAGGAGCAUAUAUGAGCGGCGCCACUGUGGGUUUUUUUUUAAUGCUUAUUUGGUGUUGGUUUUAAUUUCAGUUUCAGUUUAACAGACAAUGAGGAUGAUGAUGAUGAC